AUGUCCUCCACAACAUUCAAGUUGAACACCGGAGCCGAGAUCCCAGCCAUUGGCUUCGGCACCUGGCAGGAUCCGAGUGAACAGGAAGAUGCCGUAGCGGAGGCACUCAAGGCAGGAUACCGUCACGUAGACACUGCGCGCGUUUACGGAACCGAGCAGGCUGUCGGCAAUGGUGUUAGGAAAAGUGGCGUCCCACGCGAAGAAAUCUUCAUCACGACUAAGCUAUGGAACAACAAGCAUCACCCGGACGAUGUGGCACCUGCUCUGCAGGAAUCCCUGGACAACCUGGGAACGGACUAUGUUGAUAUGUUCCUGAUUCACUGGCCUGUGGCCUGGAAAAGAGGCGAUGACCUCUUUCCGAAGGAAAAUGGGAAGCUGGUCCAGGAGAAUAUCGACAUCGUCGACACGUACAGAGCAAUGGAACAUCUCCUGAAAACAGGCAAGGUGAGGGCGAUCGGUGUCUCGAACUUCAACAAGACUGAGAUGGAGCACCUGCUCAAGAAUACUUCCAUCGUUCCCGCUAUGCAUCAGAUGGAAUGUCACCCUUGGCUGCAGCAGCAUGAUUUCACGGACUGGCAUCGUAACAAUGGCAUACAUGUCGAGCACUACUCGCCUUUUGGAAACCAGAACGCUCUGUACGGUGAGAAGAGCGGGCCUGUGAAGCUGCUCGGGGAGCCUGUGUUGGCGGAGAUAGGGGAGCAGUAUAACAAAACUCCCGCUCAGGUCGUUCUUGCUUGGGGAGUCACUCAGGGCCACUCGGUGCUACCGAAGUCUAAAACACCCAUGAGGAUCAGAGCCAAUCUGGAAGGGGACUUCAAGCUAAGCCCGGAAGAUAUGAAGAAGAUCGAGAAAAUCAACAAGAAGCUUCGCUUCAAUGAUAGCAGUGACGAGUUUGGCAGGGACUUCUUUAUUGUAACCCCUGCCUCGCGAGGAUUGGGGUUCGCCUUCGCACAGCAGCUCCUAACUCGAACCGAGCUCCCUGUGAUUGCAACAGCCCGCAAGAACUGCGAUGAACUACAACAACGAUUGCUGUCAAGCAGGGGUAUGCCCAAAGAUGCAGAGGAGCGACUCCGCAUCCUCCAAGUUGAUGUAACUGAUGAGUCUACAAUAUCAGCAAUGGCAGACACAAUCCGCCAGAAAUAUCCCAAUACAUCGCUCAGGCUAGGAUUGACAAUCCCCGGUAUUUUGCAUGCUGAGAAAUCACCCAGUAAAAUCGAUGCUGCCAAUGCGCUGGACAGCUUCAAAGUCAACUCUCUCGGCCCGUUGCUGCUGAUGAAGCACCUCUCCCAAUUCAUCCCAUUGAAAUCCUCACCAGGAUUUCCGGCAACACAGUCCAGCUCUGCAAUCAACUCCCCAGGGCAGCUGAGGCUGCCCUCACAUGCCAUCUAUGCGAUGAUGGCCGCUCGAGUCGGCUCAAUAUCCGACAAUGCAUUGGGCGGAUGGUAUUCCUACCGUGCAAGUAAGGCAGCUGUAUUCCAAUUGACCAAGACCUUUGAUUUACAUCUGCGUGCGAAGAGUGCGCAGAGGGCAAUUGCGGUAGCGCUGCAUCCUGGGACUGUGCACACGGAUUUUACCAAGGAGUAUUGGGAAACGAGGGAAAUGCUAGAGCCGGGCGAUGCGGCCGACAGGCUGUUGGAGAUGCUUGUGGGUUUGUCACCGGAGGCUACAGGAGGGAGAGGGAGGUGUUGGGAUUGGAUGGGGAAGGAGGUUUUGCCAGCAAUUGUUCCUCGUUUGAAGGUGAAACAAUGCGCUAACAUUAUUGACCCCUUAACGCCAGACGGUCCGCUAAAGUCGGAACAAUUUGCAAAUCCCCGCCGAGCUGUGGUGCUAAGGUCCCUUCCGGACACCGAAACCCUAAGGAUUGUUCUGAAAGGAGCUAUGCUGUAUAAACCGCAGAUCUGA